UCUUGUUUCGAUUGUGAUUGUAUUUCUCUAAGAAGCCAAUUAACAAGUGAAUCGUUUCUGUUAAUUUCUUUAGUUUUAAUGCCUUAAAUUUUGUAAUUGGGGAAUAGUUUGAAGUGUCAGGACGACCGCAAUUAUGAAGGAGAAUUUAGGGAUAUUUGUGGUGUUAACUUUGGUCCUAAGCGUAAAUAGUCAAAACAACUCAGCGUCGAUAACAGCAACCACAACAGCAACGCCUGCUACCCACUCAUCGCAUCUUCACAUUGAGGAGUCCCAGCCUCAGAUAAGCUCAUUAGAACGGUUGCAACGGAAUAAUGGCUCCAGGGUUGCUUAUAAUGAAGUAGAUUACGAAUCGUAUAAAAAUGAUACUCCUGAGGCUGUAGAAAUAAAAUCUGAGAAUUAUCCAAAUCCAUAUCCACCAAGGAGUCAUAAUGUAUGGAAUAUAACCGUAGAAAACGCAACAGGAUUCGAACUAGUUCUUCACUUCUUCGACAUUGAUCCCACCACCGACUUCCUAAAAAUCCAUCUUGCCGAUGCCGAUUCCGAGGAAGACGAUUCCGGUAUCAUCCUCACAGGCAAACUGAAAUCUCCCUUGAAACUUCGAUCGCCUCAUUCGCCUCAUUUACAAAUCGAAUUCAGCACAAACUCACCCACCGGCCAUACUCAUGGAGGCUUCCUUCUAACUUACUCGCCAUUCGGUGAAAUCCCGGCACCAGUAACCAAACCACCCGAGGAAACCACAUUUGCUCCGGAAGGUGUUUCUUCAUUUUCAACCCUUCUCACUGUUCGCGAACGGGAUCAGAAUAAUGAGACUUGGGCUCUGUUUCGGGAGCUCCUUUGUCAGGCCACAAACAAUUUCACGAUGAACCAUAAUAUGACUCUGGAAACAUGUCACCCGGAAAAUGUGACCUUCACGUCGAUCACUAAAUGUUCAAGUUUAUGGCCCAAUAAUUUGGAGUGUAUCGAGCUUUCUUUCCACAUACUUUUGGCCGAAGGAAAGGAAGAAGAUGUUACAGAAGAUCCUUUGAAUGGUUUCGAGUUCUCCUUUCCACAAGAGUUGAGUGCGGAAAACCUAGAAGCUAUGUGGCGAGAGUUUGGAGAGGACAUCUUCAAGGCAAACAAAUUUCCUAGGUAUAUUCAACCUCAGGCGAAUGGAUUGAUCCUUUUUUGGUCUGGAAUGGUUGUGGCGGCAAUUAUAGUCUUCAUUCUAUUCCUGAUAUUGAUUUCAAGACUGCAAGUUUUGAAGAGUGUAGUCAAAUGGCCUGCCGUGGACGAGGAUAACCAGAAUAUACUGAAAAAGUCGCAGGAUAUUGACAUCACUAUGUUUCCGUCGCCGCAUCAAAUCGUUCCAACUUUGUUCCCGAGUAGUACAAGCGCGUAUUCUCCGGGAAGUAGCUUUUUGUACGGCGGUGAUGUAUAUGAUAACCGACCUAGAGACGCCCUCGAAUGCUUUAAUGAGACGGAUCCAAGCUUGCUUCCUGGAUUGAGAAGGAACAGUUCAUUUGGUAUCGACGCUCCUCCUACUCUCUCCCUGGAUAGUAAUGAUGAUCGAUUGCACCCGCGCGAGUCGUACGGCAAAGGGUCCGGCCACGACGAAUCAGUAUCUUAGGGACGACUUCGCGGAGGGCGCCAGCCGCUACUGCAGGACGGACGGUUUUCCAGCCAAUUUAAUAAUUUUUGUUAUAGUUUUUCGUGUGAUAAUUACUCCCAGGAGAUGUUUAGCAAUAAAGUUUCAAAUCAAGACUC